CUGGGCAUCUUCGGGGCGGCCACUAACAAGGUCAUUUGCUCCUCGCCCCUCUGCCCGGCCUACCGCAAGGAGGUGGUGGGCAUGGUGGAUGACCGGGUGUGCAAGAAGUGCCCCCCGCAGCGCCUCAGCCGCUUCCAGGAGGAGUGCCACAAGUAUCGCACGCUGGUCAUCAAGGGUGUCCGUGUUUUUGACCUGGCCGUCCUCGCCCCACUCAUGCGGGACCCGACCCUAGACCUCAAAGUCAUCCACCUGGUGCGGGACCCCCGGGCUGUCGCCAGCUCCCGCAUCAAGUCCCGGCAUGGUCUCAUCCGGGAGAGCCUGCAGGUGGUGAGGAGCAGGGACCCCCGCAUCCAUCGCAUGCCCUUCCUUGAUGCCGGCCACAAGCUGGGUGGAAAGAAGGAGGGGGGGGGUGGCUCGGACUACCAUGCCCUGGGUGCCAUGGAGGUCAUCUGCAGCAGCAUGGCCAAGACCCUGCAGACUGCCCUGCAUCCCCCUGACUGGCUGCAGGGCAACUACAUGGCUGUGCGCUAUGAGGACCUGGUGGUCGAGCCCAUCAAGACCCUGCGGCAGGUAUACGGCUUUGUCAACCUGGCAGUUAGCCCAGAGAUGGAGAAGUUCGCCCUCAACAUGACCAGCGGCCCCGGCUACUCCUCCAAGCCCUUCGUGGUGUCGGCCAGGAACGCCACCCAGGCGCUGAGCGCCUGGAGGACUGCGCUCAGCUACCAGCAGAUCAAGCAGGUCGAGGAGUAUUGCCAUCAGCCCAUGGCCCUGCUGGGCUAUGAGAGGGUUGGCAGCCCCGAAGAUGUGAAGGACCUCAGCAGAACGUUGCUCAGGAAGCCGCGGCUGUGAUGGGGCAGCGGGCGCUCGCCGGCUGCCCUCAGCGGUGGCUGAGCCCCGCUGGGGAGAAGAGCCGCUCCAGUUGGCUUGAGUGAGGGAGGGAGCUGGGAAAAGCAACCUGGUUUCCGAGUUCCUCCAAAGACUGCUGAAGGGUAACAUACAGUAAUGUGAUGAUUUCUUUGUUUUUCUUAUUUUCAUUUUUCCCUCCUUGCAUUGGGUUAGAUGCGAUUUAAAAAAAAAAUAAAAUGGAACUGAAAAUAUGUGUAAAGCUCCUUCCCCCUUCUCUAAAAUGCCAGGCAGUGAUUCUGUACCAAAAUCUUGUUUAUGGAGUUCUUGUGGGUUUGAAGAUGGUAACAAAAACUCUUGCACAAUUCCUAACACAUCUUUAUCUCCCUUGGUGCGGAGGGGAUGCCCUUGGAAAGCAUAAUGCU